CCUGGCUGCCACCUGACACGCCCUCAACGCCUGUGCUCUUCACGCUCUUCUUCUUCCAGCAUCUUCGGGCUCGCCUACUGGUGUACAAACUACUCUUGACCUCUUCAUCUGCACCUCAAGCCUUAAAGCGACGUCGCAUUACCACUUCUAAAUCUCCUGAUCGUUUGCUCCAGACAUAUCACCAUCAUGGCUGAAGUCUGCCCUAUCGUUGGUACGACCAACACUGUCCUCCCACCUAAACAUCCCGAUUUCGACGCCAACCAGCCUGGUCUCGUCUGCCCAGUUACGAAGGCCACGACCGAUCACCAUCACAACCUCCACAAGCACCCUGGCAUCUUCGAUACCACAGGAGACCUCUCGAAUGCUGAGGCUUGCCCUGCACUAUCAAAGAUCGUCUCACGCCCCGAACAGCAGGCUAUGGACGAGGCCAUUUGUCCCGUGGUUGGCAGCGUCUCCAGCGUACUACCUCCCAACCAUCCUUCUACUACAAAUGCCAAGGAGGGCGAUGUCUGCCCCGUAACGAAUGCUACUCUGGGCCAUCAUAAAGGAAAAGUGCAAGAACAUCCAAGUCUUCAAACUGCCUCAAAGGACGCAGUCUGCCCUGUGGUACACAAGCAUGUUGGGGAGUGAGCCUAUAAUGGGUGGAUUUGCAGUAGCGGGUCUAGGUUGGACGAUCCAUCCUCAUCCUGCGAAUGGGACAUCAUGCAUAAGUAUCCCUUCAUUGGCGUUGGCGAUGCUGGGAGGUAAGAAGGCGCGAUGCAGAUACCCGCGGUUGUGAGCUGAUGAGGGUGCAUCGAUCUUUGCGAGUCUAUAGUUAGGCAAUUACACACAAGUAUAAACAUUCCGGCCCUUCCCAAUUGUAAGGAUCUGAC